CCUUAUCCGUCUAUAUAUUCCCAAAUCCCUCGAUUCCCUUCUCCCAAACCCUAACCCUAAGUCCGAUGGAUUACGAGACCUCCUCCCCCUCCUCGCCGUCGUCUCUCAAGCAGAAGCUCCGGUCCUCGAUCUGCUUCUCCUGCUGCUUCCGCGUCGCGCCCGGCGGAGAGGAUCCAGUCGCCGGCGCCGCCGACGAGGAGCGGCCGCUGUCGCUGAUCCGGUCGUCGUCGGUGUGGCUCCGGUCCAAGGCGCAGGAGCUACCGGAGAUCAAGAACCGGUGCCGGGGCAUGAUCUCGCGGAUGGGGCGGCAGCGCCGGCAGUCCGGGGACUUCGGGUACGACGCCCUUAGCUACGCGCUCAACUUCGACGAGGGGUUCGAGGACGAGGCGCUCGCCGAUGAGGAGUUCCGGUACCGGAACUUCUCCUCCCGCCUCCCGGCAUCCCCUCCGCCGCCCAGCGCCGUCGGGAUCGCGUGCUAGGAUUCUCGAAUCCGCCGUUCUUUUCUUUAUUGAACUCCUCGAUCCGACCGUGUGUUGUGUGUAAAUAUCCGUGCACCGUUCGGUAACGGUAAGAGGAUCGAGGAUUGUCCCAGAUCUGGCUUUAAUUCGUAAACUUUUUGGAAUUCUUGAGCCUCUUUAGCUCUUUUCGCCGACCAAGUCUCUCCAGUCUCCUCUUUUCUGUCCGGUGGGCUUAUAACUCCGGGUUCUGCUAACGUGCGCCGCAGAUGAUUGGGUUUCCGUCCGCCCGCCCGCCAUUGACGGGCAGAUCGAGGUCCCUGCAGGUCCUUCUGUACGAUUUUUAUAUGAUUAAUUAAUAAAUUCUAAGUUGAUGGAUAUAUAUUCCUAUCAUUCAAUGAAUCAAAAGCGAUGGGCUGCGGCUGCCCGUUAGGUUUGCGGCAGCAGCGCAGCUGGAGCCGGGAGACAAAUUGAUGGAAGG